UUAUUGAUGCUAUGUCACGUUUGAUGUAUACCGCUUUCGAAUUUCGGAGUUUGUUAUUUUUAGAUUAAUAUAUUUUUAUGCUUAAACACAAGUAGAUUGGCUUUAUUAACAAAUGUAAUUAUGGUAAUCUUAAACGAAGUACAAAUAUUAUGGUAAUUAUAAGGAAUUAAAGCAGAUUAUAAUUAGAUAGUGUUUAUUAUAUUAUGCGUGGUCAUCAUUUUAACUGUUGCAAUUAUUUAAUAAUAAGCAAGGGAUUCCUAAGUGAUUUAACAUUAAGGUGUUUAUGGUUUCAAAUUACAUGAGCAAAUAUGCAAAGUUUACUGAAACAUCCAAAGCGACAAUUCGUUAUUUCACGAAAGCUUGUUGGUUCUCUAUUUAAAUAUGAUGCACGAAAGUAUGGAAUAAUUAAAGCUACUUCCUCAAAUAUCAAAUUUAACAGUGCGAUAAAUAGGUUAUGUUUUCCACUGUCAUGUGGGCUAUAUACAAAAGUUUAUAAAGAAUUAAAUCAAUUGCAAUUGUUUUUGAAAAAUGACUUCUGUAAAUCUUCAAAAUUGUGCAAUCCAAGAAACUUUAGCUCGACUACCAGCAGCAAACAAUCUUCUAAAGGUUCUAGUGAAUCUUCAGAGGAUCCUGGCAAGGAUUCUAAAAGACCUAAUGAAUUUCAAAUAUUACUUGUAAAAUUUGCUGUAGGUUUUCUUGUGGCAUUAUCUGUUUAUCGUUUAAUAAGUUUGCAACCUACCGAUGCUGUGGGUGAUAGGAUAAAUUGGAAUGACUUUAUAAAUGAGAUACUCUUAAAAGGGCAAGUUCAAGAGAUUAGAAUUUAUCCAAAAAAAGUACAAGUGGUACUUAAACGUGGUGCUACAUACAAAGGAAAGCUAUUAUUUUCGCGACUCGAUCUUUAUAAUAUUCCUGAUAGUAAAGACAUUGAAGAAAAAAUUAGACUAAUAGAAAGACGUAUUGGCAUUAAAAUGGAGGAUGGAAUUCCAAUUAGAUACAUAAGCUUUGGAUUGGAGAAUAUUCUAGGAGAAUUGUUUAGAUUAGCCUUAGUGAUUGGUUUAAUUGCCUUUUUUGCUCGUGGUGCAAACCUCAAAAAUGGUUUGAAUAGUAUCUUUAGUGAUCUAAGAAAAGCAAAAUUCACAUUAGUAGAUCCUUUUUCUGGUAAAGGUGUACAUUUUAGUGAUGUAGCUGGUUUAAAAGAGGCCAAAAUAGAAGUUAUGGAAUUUGUUGAUUAUCUUAAAAAUCCUGAACGGUAUCGAAAGCUCGGUGCUAAAGUACCGAAAGGAGCUUUAUUGUUAGGACCACCAGGAUGUGGUAAAACGCUAUUAGCUAAAGCGGUUGCAACUGAGUCAAAUGUUCCAUUUCUAUCAAUGAAUGGAUCUGAAUUUAUCGAAAUUGUAGGUGGAUUAGGUGCAGUACGCGUAAGGGAUUUGUUUGCAGAGGCUAAGAAAAGGGCUCCUAGUAUUAUUUACAUAGACGAAAUUGAUGCGAUCGGCAAAAAACGAUCGGAAGGGAUUGCUGAGUUCAGUAAUAGUGAAUCUGAACGUACUUUAAAUCAACUUUUAGUGGAAAUGGAUGGAAUGACUACAUCGGAAGAUAUUAUUAUCUUAGCCUCGACAAAUAGAGCAGAUGUUUUGGAUAAAGCUUUACUAAGACCCGGUAGAUUUGAUAGACACAUUUUAAUCGAUCUUCCUACUUUAGAAGAAAGAGAGCAAAUUUUUGAAUAUCACCUUAAGUGUUUGGUAUUAGAAGGCAGCCCUUCACAAUAUUCGAAAUACUUAGCUCAUCUUACUCCUGGCUUUAGUGGUGCGGAGAUAGCAAAUGUUUGCAACGAGGCUGCAUUACACGCAGCUAGCAAUUCAAAAACUAAAGUUGAAAACAUCGAUCUAAUGUAUGCAAUUGAUAAAAUAUUAGGUGGUACAGUAAAAAAAUCUAGCACGUUAACACCUUCCGAGAAAAAAGUUGUUGUUUAUCACGAAGCUGGUCAUGCUUUAGCGGCAUGGUUAUUAGAACAUAUAGAUCCUUUAAUUAAAGUUACAGUAAUACCAAGAACGAAUAAACGUUUGGGCUUUACUCAAUAUUCCGAUUCAAAUCUAAAGCUUCGGAGUGUAGAAAAUCUCUUUCAAAAUAUGUGUGUGUUGUUAGGCGGUAGAGUUGCAGAAAAUAUAAUAUUUAAUAAAAUUUCAACCAGAGCACAAAAUGAUUUGAAAAAGGUAACGGAAAUGGCAUAUCGUCAAGUUCAGCAAUUUGGGAUGAGCCCUGCUGUAGGUUUAAUUUCUUUCAAUACAGAAUAUACAACCACGAAAACGAAAAAACCAUAUAGUAAAAAGAUGGCAAGUAUAAUGGAUUCAGAAGUACGACGAAUAAUUACUGAAGCGUAUAAAACAACUGAAAAAUUAUUAUUAGAUAACAAAGAUAAGUUAAUAAUAUUGGCCGAAGCACUAUUGAAAAACGAAACGUUAACAUACAAAGAUAUAGAAAAAUUAAUUGGUCCACCACCAUUUGGAAAGAAAGAUGUCAUGGAAGUAGAAGAACUUAAUCUUAAUUUGGAAAGUAAAGUACAGGAAGAUUUGAAAUAGAUACAUCUCUAGCAUCUUUUGAUAAAUAUUUCUACAAUACCACUUAAUCAUGGCCAAUACGAUUUUCAUGUGCAGAAACAAAAUUUAGUGAAAGAAUUACAACUUUAUUUGGGUAAAAAUGUAGUUUUUACAGAAUACCUUUUAGAAGAAAUGAAAUUCA